GGUGUACCUAGGUACAUGUCCUACACUGUGCUAGGUAGAUACAAUAGAUCGCUGAACGACAUUCGAGGCAUCUUCAGGUUAUCGUAGUGUGUUUCCCCACGCAAGCGUAAUUAUUGUUUCACGCUUUUGCUUAUUCUAAAAGUAAAUCCCGUGGCGUUCACUCGCGUGCUCCGAGAAUUACUCCCGCCAAUUGCAUCGCAUUGUUGAAUGUUCUCGCGUGCUGUGCUCGGAAUAAACAUAAGCAUUGCCAAGCGAAUACACAUAAAUACACGACCAUGUGUGGAUAGGACGUGCGAACUGUUGUAAUGGUUGUGUGCCCAAACUGGGAAGUCGUUGUUUCAAGUGCGGGAGGUUUAUUUGAAUUGAUUGUGUGCUAGUGUUUGAAGUAUCAAUAAUGCCGGGACACGCAAGCAGUCCGUACUGGACGGCCGUGGAUUUCGACAGCGAAGGCGAUGAAGAGAAGACCCCACCGCCGAGUAACCGUGUGUACCUCGAUCCUUGGGAUAACGACGCGUUUGGGAUGUUGCAAGGAGAAUCCCCAGAUUCCAGCCAAGAACAAAUGAAUUCGUUCGCAGGAGAACCGGUCAGCGCCAGCUUUUACUACGUUCCUACUAAGACUUACGAUUCUGGAGAGGAGCCGAAAUCAAGCAAGCGCACGAUGUUCCCAGAGGAUGUUAUCCCACCUGAUUAUUCUGUUUACGGACGAAGAACCUCUAGAUAUGUGAUGCCUGAUUACGAUCGCGACAUGCCGAUCUACGGUCACAGACCAAUGCCGGAACGAAGAAGGUCAAUGUACAUCGAGGAGCCAGUAUACAUACCUAUGGCUCACCCGAUGGUGUAUGAGAGCUUGUACGGGCCAGUGCCAAUGCCGAACCCAUACAUGCACCCUCCUAGACCGCGUAUGUCGCUCCAACACCAGCCUGAUUACGCGAUGGCAAAUGGAUAUGGCAAGCAUCGAAGACAUUCCAGGUUGGCAGAAGCGUACGAGCAAUACGCGUACGAAACUCUGUCGCCAGAAUAUGAAGACUGGGCGCGACCAAUGCCGAAAACAGCUCCUGACAAUUUUCAUUUAUCUAGGUACGGACACCUGCAAAUCGACUACUCCUGCAGUUGGAAUUCUCUGGAUAGAAUCAUACGGAACCAAUAGUUACCAUACAACUGUCUUUAAAAAGCAGUUGCAGUAUAGUGACAGUAAUUCAGUUGGUAUGACACACAAAGUUAAAACGUCUAGAUCUAAAAAAAUUAGACUAGAUGCGGUCUAGAUCAAUCUUACAACUAAAAUAUAGAGAGUAGUAGUAAUUUGCAAUAUAACGUUUAUUAUUUAAUAAUAUAAUGACCAAUCAUCGAUUGGUCGAAUGACGAAUCAGGUAAAUACUUACUUAAGUAAAAUAGCAGAUAAGUAAUUACCUAACUAUUACCUAGCAGUUAGCACUUAUAAUGAACAACGAUAUUCUACUCAUCCUACAGUAUUAAGCUUUAUUUAGAGUAAGUACUAAGAAAUAUCUAAUAUUUUACAGCUACAUACUUUCCUCUUUUAUAGCAAUAUUAUUAACAAGAAUAUGUAAAUACAGUACUUAUAGUUAUAAAUUUAAUUAUUUUUAUAAAUUUUAUCUCUUUAAUCUAAGAAAAAAUGUAAAAUGAUAACAGCAAAAGUUGUAACAUUAGAAAAGUUAUCUUUCUAAAGAAUUUUUGUCGUCCUUUGAAAUUAACGCUCUGGCCAAAGAUAAUAAAAUAUGAUUGUUAAAAAU